CUUCCCAACAUGCAUUUGAAGGAAAUGGUAACUGAGGAAAUCAAGCCUGUGAAGACAGGGCCACAGGAGUUGGGGUUGAAUUCCCACGUCUGGUAUCUGUGGGGUGGUUUUCUCCAAGUACUUGGCUUGCUUAUUCACUUAGUUUGGUUUUGUCUGUUUUGAGACAGGAUCUCACUGUGUAGCCCAGACUGGCCUUGAACUCGCCACGGUCACUCCUGCGUCAGCCUCCCGGGUGCGGGAUGACAGACAUUCGCCACCACGCCUGCUCACCCGAUUUUCCACUGUCCGUCAUGCAGGGGCCCUGCUCUCCGGGAGCACUGUGCCUCACACUGCCUGGGGAGCGAUUAUUCCCGCACGCUCCGUCCCAUCGCUCCUGUCUCUUCCCUGUCCACACCACACGUGCCUCUAAUCCAGGAGGCCUCGCUGCUCCUCGCUCCCCAUGCACUGGGGACAGGGCUUCCCCGAGACAACCCACGCGCUCCCGACCACUGGACACCUGCUCCCCUGGGUGUCCCCAGGGCAGCAGGCUGAGGAUGAUCCAGAAGGCAGCCGUGCCUCUGAAGCCCCAGGUGACAGCCCCAAGCGGGUGGCAAGGCGGUCGUCCAUCUCCUAUGACCAGGCGGAGGAGGAGCUGAUGGCCAGCAUCGAGCGGGAGUAUGGCUGCUGAGGCCGCAGGCGGUGGCUGCCCCGGGUCUUGUGACCCCAGCCAGGGCUGGGUGGAGUGAAGCCACCUCGAGAGACUCGGAUUGGCCUGUGCCGGUUUGCACCUGUGCAGGUGCUGCUGGCGGUCCAUGCGGGCCCCGGGAUAGCACAUGGCCCCUCCAGGCCGCCCAGGAGCCAGGGACCUUCUUCUGCAACCACUGUCCAGGGACACGGGCUCCCCCAGACUGGGAUUUCAGGUGUCUUGGGCCCUGCACACAGCAGCUUUUGCUGAGGUCAGAGCCGGCUGGGGCAGAGCUGUGGGGGGACCCCGGCCAGCACAGCCUCAGGACAGCCUGUGGCCAGAUGUCCCCGCCGGGGACCCUUGGCACUCAGGAGCAGACAGGUGUGCCCCGAACUUCAUGACUGUGAGCAGCCCGGAGUGCUUUGGUUGGAGCUCCCAGCACUCCUAGGGCCCAAUCUCUGGUUUCUUAUUGCAUAAACCUUUUGCCUUUUACUAAGCCCAAAGCACUCCUUUGAUAGAAAGAUGAAAGCCACUGCUAUUUUAAUGAUAAUAGCACUUACUUUAAAAGAAGUUGAAUUUUUAUUUCUUAAGCCAGGCAUGGUGGUACAUGCCUGUGAUCCCAGCACUCAGGAGGC